AUGCGUUGUCUCGCUGCCGUGCUCCUUCUUGUGGCGUCUGUGUCCGCGCAGAAAUACGCUCAACCUGAAGUUUACGGACCCCCCACACCCUACACGUACGGAUACUCUACUCAAGAUGUGGAAGGAUCUUCUUCCGCGGAGGAAAGCUCUGACGGCACUGGACGCGUCACCGGAAAAUACACGAUCUCGCUCGCCGACGGUCGACAGAGAACCGUGAGCUAUUACGCGGACGAGACCGGCUUCCACGCUGACGUCGUCACCAACGAACUCGGAACCGAAUCCAAGAACCCUGCCGAUGUUACGAUUCAAUCGUCCGCUCCCACAGGACCCGAGGCCGCCUUUGCUUUCGAAUCUCAACGAUUGAAAGCUCGUUCCACUUUCGCUGCUCCCGUAUAUCUUCCUGCCCCGGCCGCUCAAGGUUUCGCCGCCCUCCGUCCCGUACGAGGCGCUUUCUACAAGAGGAGAGCCUAAGCACGUUGUUAGC